CCGAAUCUCAAAGCACAGCACACCAGCAGCCACAGGUCGUCGGGUCGAGAGAGAGAGAGAGAGAGAGAGAGAGAGCUCGAUCCCUCCUGCAUCGCCGGCGGCGAGCGGCGGCAGAGCCGAGAUGGUGGCGGCGGAGAGCGGCAGGUGGCGGUUCGCUAUGGUGUGCUCGUCGAACAUGAACCGGAGCAUGGUGGCACACUCGCAGCUGGGUCGCGCGGGGCUGGACGUGGCCUCCUACGGCACGGGCACCCACGUCAAGCUCCCGGGCCCCUCCCUCCACGAGCCCAACGUCUACGACUUCGGCACACCCUACGCCGCCAUCUACGACGACCUCCGCCGCAAGGACCCCGACCUGUACAAGAGGAACGGGCUGCUGCCAAUGCUGAAGAGGAACGCCUCGGUGAAGCUGGCGCCUCAGCGGUGGCAGGACAAUGCCGGUGAUGGGGUGUUUGAUAUGAUACUCACCUUCGAGGAGAGGGUCUUCGACUUGGUCGUUGAAGAUAUGAAUAGCCGUGAGCCGAAGCUGAUAAAGAGCGUGGUUAUAAUCAAUAUGGAUGUCAAAGAUAACCAUGAAGAAGCUGUUGUUGGGGCAAAGCUUGCUUUAGAGUUGUGCCAGAAGCUUCAAGGAGUUGGUGACUGGGAGGAAAUCAUCGAUGACCUGAUUUCUACAUUCGAGAAGCAGCACAAGCGGAAGCUCGCUUACAGCAUCUCAUUCUACUGACUUAUAGUUCCCCGUGCAGGUUAUACAGAGGCAGAAUCAUUCUCAGUUUAUGGUAUCGUGUGGAUGGUUGGUAACUAGGCAUUCUAGAAAGAAACUGCACAAAACUGAAGCUGCACUGCAACUUUGUUGCAGCGUUGCUCCAAUUCUACAUCAACAUUUCAAAAGGAGAUUGUAGAGCUUAUCCUAAAAAAGAAGAGAGAAAAACUGUUCCUUUUCGUUGCUUGAUUGCUGUUGGAUGGCACAGAAGUUGAUCCUGCAUCGAAGGCAUCAUCACAAAAUCAUGCUGCACCCAUCCAAGUGUUGUAUUUAUUUCAUUUUUUUUUUCUCGAGUGAUGAAUGUAAUGGAUGGUGAAUGCAAAUUGAUCUGGAUGUGC